CCAAGUACAAUAAGUCUGCUCCAAGUAACCAUCAAAUUCGAACAAUUUCAACGUCUGUACAUCAAGUCUUGAGUGAUUGUAGUAAUUUUAAUACUGCAUUUCAGCGGAGCUUCCAAAUUGUGGAGUUUCAGAAAUGAGCACCUUUUCCGCCACUACGUCUUGGUGUCCGAGCUCCUUUCAGCUCAAACUGGCGCUCAAUUGCCGGAAAUCUCCGCCGAUUUUUGUAUGCACGCGAUUUCAGAAGCUCGAUCGUCACGGUUUGAAGUUCGUGUCGCUGGUGGUUCGGAAUAGUGCGCCUAGUGGUAAUGGAGUGGAACAGCGCCGUUCCGGGAAUUCUUCGUGGAUAAAUACGAAUUCAGAUAAUUUUUCCGGUUGGUCCAAUGCUGAAGGUGAAGAAGAAUCGGAUGACUCGCGGCCCAAGCAAUCGCUUGCAGGGAUACUGGGAGUAGGAGUUGCAGGGAUUCUUCUCAUCACAGGACUCACUUUUGCUGCAUUGUCUAUAAGCAAGCGAGGCACUUCAAGAGUGCAACAGCAGAUGGAGCCACUGACAACACAACAAGAAGAGUCAUUGUCCUCUGAUAAGCAUCUUGAAGGUGUUGAAGAGGAGCAAAAUUUGGACAAGCUUGAGAUGCUAGAGAGUAGCAAUCCGGAAAGAAAGACAGGCACAUUCGAUGAUCCUUCUUCAGGUAAAGAAAAUAGUGAAGCUACUGAAAGUAGAAUUAGUGAUGGUACUAUUGCAGGAGGGUCACCUGAAGAUUGUUCUAUUCAAAAGGCUGCCUAUAGUGAAUCGGAUAUUAGUGACAUUUUGGUUGCUCCUGAAGCGACCAAUAAACCACCAGAGUCUGAUUCCACUGAUGAUUCUUUAGCGGCCUCGAGCAUUCAGAGUGAAAGUGGUAAUGCUACUCCCGAAACCAACGAACCAGAUGCAGAGAACCUUCUUGACAACGUUUUUCCUGAACAGUCAGUUUCUAAUGCUAAUUCAGAACGUUUAAGCACCGGUGAAGGUGGGGUUUCUGGCUUGGGUGAAAGAGAAAAUUCAAACUCUUCAUUGGACCCCACUUCUGUCGAGCCUUCAAUAUUAAAAAUCCCAGUUGAAUCAGAGUUGGAUGCAGGCAUCAUCCAUGAAGAGUAUAUAGAUGAUAAAAGCUCGGUUUCAACCAAGGAUGUCGAGCCGAACAAUGUUCUUGGGGUUCCAGUUGACAUGGAUGAUUUACAUCCCACUAUGGAAAACAAAAAUGGAACUGCCUCGAGUGGAGCUGCUUUGGUGACUGAAGCAGCUUAUCAACUUGCUUAUGAAAAACAUAGCAAUGAUUAUGAUGAUAUCAAUCUUAACAGAGCAUUUUUUGACUCUACAAAUCCUGGAAAAUUUUUCACUUCAGCUGGUAUUCCUGCUCCAUCUGUUGUUUCCGCAGCUCUGUCGUCACUUCCAGGAAAGGUUUUGGUUCCUGCUGUUGUCGAUCAACUUCAAGGUCAGGCAUUAUCAGCAUUACAAGUUUUAAAGGUUAUUGAGACUGAUGUUCAACCAGGAGAUAUAUGUACUCGGCGAGAAUAUGCUCGUUGGUUGGUUUUAGCAAGCAAUGCUCUUUCAAGGAACAUAGCUUCAAAAGUCUAUCCGGCGAUGUACAUUGAGAACAUUUCUGAACUUGCAUUUGAUGACAUUACACCUGAAGACCCUGAUUUCCCGUCCAUUCAAGGAUUGGCAGAAGCCGGACUUAUUGCCAGCAAGCUUUCAAGACGUGAUAUGCAGUCAUCUUUAGAUGGAGACCCAAGUCAAGUAUUCUUCUCUCCUGAAAGCCCUUUAUCUCGUCAGGAUCUCGUGAGUUGGAAGAUGGCCCUAGAAAAUAGGCAGCUACCAGUAGUUGAUAUAAAGCCUGCCCUUUCCUGCAACCAGUACUUGCAGCAGUUAUCCGGUUUCAUAGAUAUUGACAAGAUCAACCCUGAUGCAUGGCCUGCAAUUGUAGCUGAUUUAGCAGCUGGAGAACAGGGGAUUAUAACCUUAGCACUUGGAUAUACAAGAUUGUUCCAGCCAGAAAAACCUGUAACGAAAGCUCAAGCUGCUAUUGCCCUUGCAACUGGUGAUGCUUCUGCCAUUGUUAGCGAGGAACUUGCACGUAUUGAGGCAGAAUCCAUGGCUGAAAAGGCUGUAGCUGCUCACAGUGCCCUAGUGUCUCAAAUUGAGAAAGAUCUCAAUGCAAGUUAUGAACAGGAGCUUUUUCUUGAAAGGGAAAAGAUUAAGACUGUUGAGAAAUUGGCAGAGGAGGCGAGACGAGAACUUGAGAGGCUGAGGGCUGAACAGGAGGAAGAAAAUCUUGCCUUGAUGAAGGAACGAGCUGCUGUUGACUCAGAAAUGGAAGUUCUUUCCAAGUUAAGGCGUGAGGUGGAGGAGCAGUUGCAGACCCUUAUGAGUAAUAAGUUGGAGAUUUCCUAUGAAAAGGAAAGGCUUAACAAGCUCCGGAGGGAUGCGGAAACUGAGAAUCAAGAGAUAUCACGGUUACAGCACGAGCUGGAAGUUGAGCGAAAAGCCUUAUCCAUGGCUAGAGCUUGGGCUGAAGAUGAAGCGAAAAGGGCAAGGGAGCAAUUGAAAGUCCUGGAGGAGGCCAGAGAGCGUUGGGAGAAGCAAGGUCUUAAAAUUGUGGUUGACAAUGAUCUACGCGAAGAAGAAGAUGCCGGAGUUACAUGGCUUGCUACUGGAAAGCAGCUCUCAGUCGAAGGAACCAUUGAAAGGUCUGAAAACUUAGUGGACAAGCUUAGGGCGAUGGCAGACGAAGUGAGAGGUAAAUCGAAAGAUACUAUUAAUAAAAUCAUUGAGAAAAUACUCUUCCUGAUAUCAAUUUUGAAGGAAAAGUUCUUAAAGAUGAGCAGAGGGGCAGUAGAGAUGAAAGAUUCUGCUAAAUUGAAAAUGGAAAGUUCUUUACAAGAGUUGAGGCAAAAUUCUGCUGAAUUUACUUCAGCUGUUAAGGAAGGCACUAAGCGAGUUGCCGGAGAUUGGAAAGAAGGGGUCGAGAGAAUAUCCCAGAAGUUCAAGACAUGAAUUCAUGUUGCAUUUUUGUACUUGAGUAGACUUUAAUGGCCGCUGCAAAGCUUCUUUACUGCUUGUUGGGCUUCUGUUUACUAAAAUGGAAGAAUGCAGUACAAAAAACUGAUAGAGCAUCAAUAAAUGUUGUCUUCAUUGAAUAAUUUUUGUAAAGGGAAUUGUAGAAUUGUAAUAUUUCCUUGUACAAAACUCGAUUAAUUAAACCAAUAUGAAGAAUAAAACCCUGCUUCUUGUGCUUA